AUGAUCGCCCACUUUAAACCAACCCUGACCAAAAGCCUCCCCUCUCUGGCAAUGCCAACCUUACACACGGCACUUGCCCCUCUUCUUCCCUCAAAACAGAAUUCUUUUCUCUCGGUCCGCGUGGACGGUGUGUUCAAUCAGGUGGCCUUCCGAGUGAUUCCUGCGCCGCCCAGAGAACAGCAGCCGCUAUUUGACUUGUCGAGGCGCCAGCAACUACAAUCUGCCCAUAAUGUUCGGGGCCUUCUCUUUGGAUUCUGGUCACCUGGGUGUAGCAAUGGCUUCAGCAUCGCGGGAUUUCAUUUACAUUUCAUCUCUGACGAUCGCACCGCCGGAGGACACGUUACGGGGUUCGAGGCCUGGGACGUGAAGCUCUCUGCGGGAGUUUUGAAGGAGUACGGGGUUGAGUUGCCCCAAGAGGAGGACUUCCUUGAGGUCCCAAUUCGCAAUUAUGAGGAGGAUCAAAACCUUCGCUGA